CAAACCCACUUAAUCACAUUUCCCUUUUCAGCUUAGAGAAUCCGAGACGUUUUAACCAUUUCAAUCCAUACCAGAACAACAACCAACUCCUCCCCAGAUUCAACCAUUAAAGCAACGACCUUAUGAUUGGAUGAACAAGUUGGAGACUUUGAGGGUUGGUCGUUAGCCGUUACGACCAUAAACACUAUCAAAGUCGAGUUCAAGUGGUUGCGACGUUGAGCUACUUACCUACACAUCUGUCUUUAUUACACUUAGCUUGAUUGAUUCAUUUGAUUGGCUAUAUCAUUAGAAUAAAGGGCGGUGCUUGCUUGCUUGCUCUUUGGAUCUAUCACACUUCACACCAUUCAUGGCGGGAUCCUUGUCUCUUCUCAGAAGGGUUUACCUUUCUCUCUAUAACUGGACUGUGUUCAUCGGAUGGUUUCAGGUGCUGUUUCUUGCUGUGAAGACACUUCGGGAAUCGGGCCAUGAGGAGGUUUACAAUGCUGUCGAGAGGCCACUUCAGUUGGCUCAAUCCGCUGCGUUUUUGGAGAUUCUUCAUGGCUUAGUGGGUUUGGUGAGAUCUCCUAUAACAGCCACACUGCCACAGAUUAGUUCGAGGUUGUUUCUGAUUUGGGGGGUUCUGUGGAGCUUUCCUGAGGUUCAGAGUCAUAUGUUUGUGAGCUCUUUGGUCAUCAGCUGGUCCAUCACUGAGAUUAUUCGAUACUCUUUCUAUGGCCUGAAGGAGACUCUUGGUUUUGCACCGUCGUGGCUCCAGUGGCUCAGGUACAGCACCUUCAUAUUGUUGUAUCCAAUUGGGAUCACCAGUGAAGUUGGCCUAACAUAUCUUGCGCUGCCACACAUUAAGAGUUCCGAGAAGUAUUGUAUAAGGAUGCCAAACACGUGGAAUUUCUCUUUUGAUUACUUCUAUGCUGCGAUUGUAGCCAUAGCAUUCUAUAUCCCAGGCAGUCCUCACUUGUACGGGUACAUGCUUGGGCAGAGGAAGAAAGUUCUUUCAAAAUCGAAAGCAGAAUAGAUAGCAACGCACUUUUGCUGUAGUGUUUCAAAAUUGACUUGUACACAUAAAGCAGAAUAGUGUUUCUCUUGAUUUUUCAU